GGUCGGAGGUCGCGCUUGGCGCGCGGAGGCUAUCGGGCAAAUGACGAUUCCUAUUUCUCCGUGUCAGUCCAGUCGGAAAGCACGCGCUAUGAGGAACUCUAUUUUUCACCGAUGCGCUACUCCGCAAAAAUCGAGUACCUCCGCAAAUUAGCGUGUUUCCAAAUUUUGGGGGGACUCCACGUGCGCAGCCACGCUUCCGGCAAUAGCUUAGAGGUCACGAUAGCUAACCGACACGCUGUAUCGUGAUGUUCUUGACUUGGCCUUGUUCAUCUGAAAUUUAUAUAAAAGGUCAAGCUGCGUGAACGAUUGACCGACCAGCAUCACGUUCUCUAGCCCCCAGAGCAUCACUAGCCCCUUUUGCGUUGUCAUGCCUCCCUCCAAGUCGCAGAAUGGACUCAACGAUGGCUUGUUGGCUGUCUUGCCUGACAGCAAGCCAUGGUACACAAAAUCACAUCUCAUCAAGUUGCACUUCUGCAUCUUGUCUCUCUCGUUGUUCUCCUCUGCCAACGGCUAUGACGGAAGUCUCAUGAAUGGACUACAGGCACUACCUCAAUGGGAGUCGUUCAUGGACACGCCGACCGGUGCUUGGUUAGGCUUCUUGAAUGCCGUCUACUGGCUUGGGAUGGGCCUGUCCUACCCCUUGACUGCGUUCGUUGCGAACAAGUACGGGCGCAAGCUCGGUGUAUACAUCGGCUACAUCUUUCUGUUCUUAGGCUCCCUGGUCGUACUAAGCGAUGACGACACUGCAUUCGUGCUAUCUCGAUUCUUUGUUGGUUGCUCUUCAGCUUGGUUUGGAAACGCUGUUCCUCUCCUCAUCAACGAGAUCUCUCAUCCGGUCUACAGAGGCAUCCUGAGCGCUCUCUUCAUGUGCGGGUAUUAUGUCGGCGGCACUAUUGCUGCCUUCGUUACCUUUGGCACCCGUAAUAUCGAAAGUGACUGGGCGUGGCGGAUUCCAUCUAUCUUGCAGUUGCUGCUGCCCCUGGUCGCACUGCCUGGGUUACUGAUGACGCCUGAGAGCCCUCGCUGGCUUGUGUCUGUUGAUAGAAGUGAACAGGCUCGUACAAUUUUGACGACAUACCAUGCUGGCGGCAAUCCCACAUCGGCUUUAGUCGAGUAUGAGAUGGUCGAAAUCACCACUGCCAUCCGUCUCGAGUCAACACUGGACGAUGCAAGCUACGCAGAGCUGUUCAAGACAGCAGGCAACCGGCGCCGCCUGUUUAUAUCGGUCUCUCUCGGAAUUUUCUCCCAGUGGUGCGGCAACGGCGUUGUUUCGUAUUAUCUGGCGAUUGUCCUGAGAACUGUGGGCAUAACGAGUGUCACCCACCAGACCUUGAUUGCUGGUCUGCUGCAAGUGUGGAACCUUCUCUUCUCAGUAGGUGCUGCACUUAGUGUCGACCGACUUGGACGUCGCCCACUCUUCUUAGCCUCAGCUGGCGUUAUGCUUGUCGCAUACAUACUUGUGACAGCUCUCAGCGGUGCAUUCGCAGAAUCUGGCAGCCCUCCCACUGGUAUCGCUGUCAUACCCUUUCUAUUCAUCUUUUUUGCUGGCUAUGAUAUUGCUCUGACGCCUUUCCUGACAGCCUAUCCCUGCGAGAUCUGGCCAUAUAGGCUCCGAUCUCACGGUCUGACCGUUACCUGGAUUACGGUAGUAGUCGCCAACUUCUUCAAUACCUUUGUAAACCCUAUCGCCCUCGAAGCAAUCGGCUGGAAGUACUACUUUGUGUUCAUCGUCGUGCUUGUCGCAAUGGGAUUGACAGUGUACUUCUUCUACCCAGAAACCCGUGGGUACACUCUGGAGCACAUGGCAGUCAUAUUUGAUGGCGAUGAUACAGCAUCUUCAUCUCAGGAGACGACUGCAAGGGCAUCAAGCGUGGCCUCAAUCUCGGAGAAGAAGAACAACAUCAUGACUGCGCAUGAGGAGAAUAUUCGACAAUCGAGUUGAUAGCUGAAGGCUUCCUGUUGUCUAGAGAAGCUUGCUCACGAUCGCAGUGCCUGGUGAGGGGUUUGGGGUAGAUUGGCGUGUACGACUACCCAUAUGCUUGCCCAGACCGUAUGCGAUAGGUUCUAAAUUUUGUAAUGUCAUCUGUG